GCUUUUCGACUCUGACAUCAGCUGUCAAGAAGCACUGAAACAGACCUCUUCUUGCAGCCGUCAUCAUUCCUUAUUCUAUCUUGGCUUUGCGAGAGGCAGCUUGUAACGGUUUUCACAGUUUCGCUUUCUACAUGGCGUCUAGGUAUAUAAUCAUAUGUCCGAUCACAUAGCAGCAUCACCGCAGUCAAUUACCUGAUGUACCAAUGGCAUGCUAUGGCGGCCCGCUCAACCUUCUCCCCCUUGUCUUGGGGACGAUGAGGGGUCCACGGGUGUGCCACAGCCCGCUCCGCAGCCUCCGCCGCGUUGGAGACUCCGCCCCGCCCCAAGGCCUGAAUCUCAAACGGACGACAUCCAAUCUCCAGGAAGAAUGCCGUCGGGCUGAGGACUUCAAACAUGGCGCCAAGUGCAACUGAGAACAUACCUUAACCACUGUCCCAAUACAUAGUCAGCCUCUCUUUCGUUUUGCUCUUCUUUUAAUACCACAAUCCUUCCUUCUCCUUUGCCAGCCUCAACUACGUCGAUAUCUGUACCCCGCGUGGCUGUCGCAUCGUGAAUUUGGCAAGAUUAUAGGCAAUCACACGUACCCAGCAUAACCCAACCCACCUUGCCGGACACCUCGGCUUCCCAAGAAACCAACUCUUCGACUUUCAUUUUGUUUUACCGUAGGACUCAAAUCGCAAACAUAUCCUGGUGCCAAACCUGACGUUAGCUUGCCUCGUGUCGACAAAUCGUUACCAAGAUGGGUUUCCGCGACAAGUUCAGGAAGAAGGAGGAGGAGGAGGGAAACAGCACCCUCGAUUUCACGUUUGUGCGAUCCGAUACCCAUAGUGCCGAGGUGAUCCAGCCUCCAGGAGAACCCGUUGGUGCUAGUAACGACGGGUUCCUCAGUCCAGGCCCGCAAACACCCCAAAAGUCCCGCCGAAGCCUCGACGUCUUCCGAAGUAACCGCAGCCGAAGCGCAUCUGCAUCGAGCAACCAAGGCGGUGGCCACAAGCGCCUAUCGCAACGGCUACACCUGAGCCGCAGUCCAGCCAGUAGCGAGAUCGUACCGCAAGAUCUGCCGGAGAUCGUGGUUCCGGAUGGGGGCGUCGAGGAUAAGGACGGGACCGAGUCGCAAUGGGAGAAGCGAGCCACUCUGCUUGCUCGCGAGAACGAGAAGCAUCGCAGCCGGCCAGGGACCCCCGAUCACGGAAGUUCUCCCCCGACUCUACCUCAGUUGCGCUUAGGCGAUGCGUCCGCGGACGAGGCGCCAGAUCCCAGGGUCAAGGUGGUGUCAUCGAAGGCCAUCGACGAGGAUAUCCAGGAGGCUAUCAGGUUGCAUGAGGCAGGAAAACUGGAAGAGUCGACGGCGUUGUUUGGUCGGUUAGCGGAUCCUAAGGGGGCCAACAACCCCCUUAGCCAGGUUCUCUAUGGUCUCGCCCUCAGACACGGAUGGGGUUGCCAACCGAACACUGCUGCCGCUGUCAACUAUCUCUCCGCGGCAGCAUCCAACGCCGCCGAGAUUGAGCAGAUGGCCCUCCAAGCAGGACUCAAGAAAGGAGGAGCAGCCAAGGGCGAGCUGGUUCUGGCCAUAUUCGAAUUGGCCAAUUGCUUCCGACACGGAUGGGGUAUUGCCAAGGACCCCAUUGCUGCAAAGCAGUACUACGAAACGGCAGCGAAUCUCGGCGAUACUGACGCGAUGAACGAAGUCGCAUGGUGCUAUCUUGAGGGGUUCGGCACUAAGAAGGACAAGUUUACGGCAGCGAAGUACUACCGGAGAGCCGAAGAAAACGGAAACAAGAUUAUUGGAAACACCUGGAUUUGGAAGGACAAGUACAACCCGGAGAAUCAGAAGAAGAAGUGAGAUGGAGAGUGGUACAAAGUCGGGACUGGGGCGAAGGGGGGGGAGUGGGACUAGUAAAUGGAGGAGGUUUGUGUCUCUUUCUGCCUUGUGUUUUUGGUGUUGCUUGGAGAGAAAUGGGAGGUUUGCUGGGUUGGUUUUACUGGACAGUUGGAUAUCCUCAGGGGGUUUGCGUCUGGAGUUUUGUGUUUUAGGAUUUCCUUUUGGAUAGGUGGCAAGCCGUUAUAAUCACAAUUGUUGGAUCACGCGAUAAUUGAUUGAGUCCGGACAGACCAUACAAUGAGGAUAUGCUGUGAUCUGAGGGGACGAGACCCUGAUACACAGACGAUGAGCAGUGGUGGUAGGUGGCGGCGAGGGCGGCUGUUGAGAAAAAAAAACAAAAAAAAAAAAAAAAAAAAAAAAAAAAAAAAAAAGGAGUGGACAAUUGGGUUUCUUGGUAGAUGGGCGCGAUUGACAUUGUAUAAAGGUACCGAACAAC